UCUCCUCUCGCUUGCUCUCUCUCUCUCUCUCUCUCUCCCUCUCCCAGAAAGAAGUGAACUUUCCAAACAAAAGUGGGAAAAGAACCGUUCUGACCUCCUCCGCUUUGCUAUUGGUCUCUCUCUCUCGCUCUCUCUCGCUCACUCAUCCUCUCAGCGUCUGUGUCUCUCUGCUGGGUUAAAGCUAGUGAGAGGAGAGAGGACAGUCUUUAUUUUCUGCAUGACCCCUCUCAACAGAGCGGGAAGAGAGGGAGAAGAGGAAGAAGAAGAAGGGACCAGGAAGUCCAUCUUGGUGAUGUUAGGCGUUUCUAGAGUUUUGGCAGCUGAGGUGAGGUGUCUUUGGGAUGGACUGUUCCUGCACUAGGAUUGAAUUAUUCGCUACUGAACUUUGACCUGUGAACCGGGACCUGUGACCUGGGACCACCGUGUGCAGGUGAGGAUGAGGUCCAGAAAUGGCAUGGUGCAGAGCUCGGCCAAUGGGCAGCUCGGAGUCCCUCAGCCAACCAAUGGCAUCAACGAGGAAGAGGAAGGGAACAUCCAAGGUUCUAAGAAGAGGAAGAUGAAACCUCAACAGGAGAAAGAUGGGGAGAAUGUGGUGUGUGGGACAUUGGAAAACCCCCAGAAAAACUCAGGGAAAAGCAGCCAAAAAAUGGGAUUGAUGGAUCUUUCCAAAGAGGACCUUCUCCACCUUCUGGGAGUUAUGGAGGGAGAGGUUCAGGCACGGGAGGAUGUCAUCCACAUUCUGGAGUCUGGGCAGGCCCGGCCCGAGGUUCUGGAGGCCCACUACGGAUCAGCUGUCCCGUUCAAAGCUCUGCAGGCCCUGCACCGGGACAGCCUCCUCAGCAAGUCCAAGGCCAGCAUGGACGACGUGUACCAGACGCCCAUGGCAGAGCUGGACCGGCUGGAGGAGAAGCACCGCGAGGCGUACCGCCGCAUGCUGGAGCAGCUGCUGCUGGCGGAGAAGAGUCACCGCGGCACGGUGCACGAACUCGACAGCGAGAAGCGCAAGCACGUGGAGUACAUGAACAAGAGCGACGACUUCACCGACCUGCUGGAGCAGGAGAGGGAGAGAUUAAAGAGGCUGCUGGAGCAGGAGAAAGCGUUCCAGGCUAAGAAGGACAAGGAGCACAGCAAACGGCUGGAGAAAGUGAGACAGGAGCUGGUCAAGCUCAAGUCCUUCGCCCUGAUGCUGGUGGAGGAACGGCAGCUCCACAUCGAGCAGAUCCACCAGGAGAGCCAGAAGGUCCAGGACUUCAGCCAGAAGCUGCAGGAGAAGGAGCGAGGCCUGGCGGCAGCCGGCGGCAAGGCCAAGGAGGACGAGAAGAAGAUCCUGAAGCUGGAGGUGGAGCUGGAGCAGAAGGCCACCAGGUUCACCAGGGACCAUGAGGAGAUGACCGCCAAGCUGGCCCAGCAGGAGUCCCAGGGCCGGCAGCUACGGCUGAAGCUGGCCAGCCUGACGCGCAGAAUUGAGGAGCUGGAGGAGAGCAACCAGAACCUACAGCGGUCCGAGGAGGAGCUGCAGGAGCUGAGGGACAAGAUCAGCAAUGGGGAGUGCAGCAACUCCAGCCUGAUGGCUGAGCUGGAGACUCUGCGCAAGAGAGUCUUAGAGAUGGAGGGCAAAGACGAGGAGAUCACCAAGACGGAGUCCCAGUGCAAGGAGCUGAGGAAGAAGCUGCAGAACGAGGAGAACCACAGCAAAGAGCUGAAGCUGGAGGUGGAGAAGCUUCAGAGGAGGAUGGUGGACCUGGAGAAGCUGGAGGGGGCUUUCAACAUGAGCAAAGCCGAGUGCGUGCAGCUCCACGCCAGCUUAGACAGUGAGAAGGGUCUGACGAAGGACCUUACCAGUGAGCUGGAGAUGGUUAAGAGUCGAGUGAAAGACCUUGAGUCUUCAGAGUCAAGACUCGAAAAAGUUGAGAUGAGCCUAAAGGAUGACCUGACAAAGCUGAAGUCAUUCACAGUGAUACUGGUGGAUGAAAGGAAGAACAUGGCCGAGAGGAUCAAGCAGGAGGAAAAGAAGAGUGACGACUUGAACACGAUGUUUAAGACCGAGCAGGGAAAAGUCAUGGAGGUCACUGAGAAGCUGAUUGAGGAGAGCAAGAAGCUUCUCAAACUGAAAUCAGAGAUGGAGGGCAAAGUGACCACCCUCACAAAAGAGAAAGACAAACUGAAGACUAAACUGGCAAGUGAGGAGGAAAAGUGUAGGGACCUGAGGUCAGAGGUCAGCCUGAUGAAGACGAGAAUGGAGAGACUGGAGGCGGCUGAGCGGGAAAACGCCAAGAACAAGAGAGAGCUGGGAAGGCUUUCAGAAGAGGACAGCAAGGUUCAGGAGCUGACGAAGGAAAUCGACAGGCUGAGGAGUCGCCUCCAGCAGCUGGAAGUAGUGGAAGGAGAUCUGAUGAAGACGGAGGACGAGUACGACCUGCUGGAGAAGAAGUUUAGGACCGAGCAGGAAAAGGCCAACGCCCUUUCUCUGCAGCUGGAGGAGAUGAGGAGUCAGAUUGCGCGAAACAAGGCCAUCGAAAAAGGAGAGGCGGUGAGCCAGGAGGCCGAGCUGAGGCAGAGGUGCAAGCUGGAGGAGGCCAAAACCCGCGACCUGCAGGCCGAUGUUCAGGCCCUCAAGGAAAAGAUCCACGAGCUGAUGAACAAGGAGGACCAGCUCUCCCAGCUGCAGGUGGACUACUCAGUGCUGCAGCAGAGGUUCAUCGAGGAGGAGAACAAGAAGAAAACCAUGAGCCAGGAGGUGCUGAACCUCACCAAAGAGCUGGAGGUGGCCAAGCGCUACAGCCGUGCCCUGCGGCCCAGCAUGAACGGCAGAAGGAUCGUGGACAUCCCCCUGACGUCCACCGGCGUACAGACAGACGCGGUGGCCAGCGAGAUUAUUGAAGAGGACACACCCGCUGUGUUCAUCAGGAAGUCAGUCCUGGAGGAGAAUCACAUUAUGAGCAACCUGCGGCAGAAAGGCCUAAAGAAGCCGGCGAUCCUCGACCGCUACCCUCCCGCCACCAACGAGCUGACUAUGAGGAAAUCCUGGAUCCCCUGGAUGAGGAAGAAGGAAACAGUAACCCAAAAUGGCCCAGAGAAGACGACCCUGGUGAGCGGCGACACCCCACGCUCACCCACCGAGCUGACUGUGUCGCAAAAGCAAGGGCAGCCCCUGCAUAUUCGGGUGACCCCCGACCACGAGAACAGCACCGCCACCCUGGAGAUAAGCAGCCCCCGGGCGGAGGACUUCUUCUCUAGCACCGCCAUCAUUCCCAAUCUGGGCCUGCAGAAGCCGAGGAUCACCAUCAUUCCCAAACCCACCACCGUUCCGCCAAAGAGCACGGCCGGAGAGGGCACUGCGGGACCGGAGCGGGCCAAGUCCCCCGUCACCAUCACCACCAUCUCCAGGGCCAAGUCGCCGGAAAGGAGCAGCACGUCCCUCUCCGAGAGGCCUGUGUCACCCGUCUCCAUCAUAACGGUCAACACUGCCCCGGCAUCCAGCGUGACCGGCUCACUGGAGCCUAAGGAGAUGACCAUGGGCCGGGCAGUGUUCAGGGUCACCCCGGAGAAGCAGACGGUGCCCACGCCCAGAAAAUACAACUCCAAUGCCAACAUUAUCACCACCACUGAGGAUAACAAGAUCCACAUCCACCUGGGGCCUCAGGUCAGGCGGUCCGCUGAUAGCGGCAGCAGCCCCUCUAUUAUGGUGAGGCCCAUCGCCGUGACCACGGAGAGCAAGGAGACCUCCACCGGCACUGUGCUCCGCUCCCCUCGCCAUUCCACCACACCCGGCAAGACCACACCCGGCAAGGUGACGAGCAGCAUCACCAUCACGCCCAUCACCUCCGCUCCUUCCAGACCCACUCAGUCUGUGCCCGGCCAGGACGUGCAGUCAUCUCGGACAACGCCCACACGCAUCCCUAUGUCAAAAGGUAUGAAGACCGGGAAGGCGGUCAUGGGAGCUCUGGGCAUCUCCACGGCAACGAGGCUAGAGUCGCGGGCCGAGAGCCAGUCUAUGAAAAUCGAGCUGAAGAAGUCUGCGAUCAGCAGCUCCACCCCUCUAGGGGGAGGGAAGGGCUGAGGGUGGGGGGGUUGUCACGGAAACACCCCUGCACCCAGGCAGCCAGCAGCCAACACGUCCUAACUCCACAGCCCUGCAUGAGCAAUAGAACGACAGAGGCCGUAUCUGGCAGAGGACCUUCCCAUUCUCCUCGCGGCUACCUAGAGGCAGGAAAUUGAACAGCACCAGGCAGUAGGCCCCUGACGCUACUAACUGUUUUCAAAUAUGUAAUUAUUAUCAUAUUAUACAUAAAUAUAUUUUCAAAAGAGCUCUUUAUAUAUGUAUGAAUGCAGUUUUUAUGGCUUUGUGUUCAUUUUUCAGCAUGCUUCUGUUUGAGUGAAAGCCGUUGUUUGAAUUUUCAGCUGAGCCACAUGGUUACUGCCCCCUUGUUUGUGUUAGUCAUGGUCUCACACUGGGGUUUUUUUUCCUCUUUCCCGCAUCACACUACACAUGAUUCAGUACACUGAGGACGUCAGUAUUUCAGAUGGAGGUUUCCAGAACAAUGGAAUCAGUUUGGAGGCAACAGAGUCUGGAGGGCAAGAGCUGCAAAGGGUCCACUGCAUUUAGUUAGUGCUGGCGUGCCGGACAGAUUAGUUCCCAUCCACCUCACAGAACUGCAUUGCCAUUAUGUGCAUUUGGCAACCGCCAAUCUGGUACAGGUCGAGCCAGUAUACGUGUUACACAGAAUGGACUGCUCAAUCCCCAGUACUGACACAAAGAAGCACUUUGACACUCCAAGUAUUACAAAAGUGUAAUUCUGUACACCUCAUGGUACUGAAUCAGCAA